CUUCUAAACACAACAAAAACUCCACAAACGUCACAUCGAGGGUGUCUUUUAGCCUUUUUUCUGAGUUGCUUUUAGUAUUUUCAAUGACAGUACAUGUUUGAGAUCUGUAAUCGAUGUCGCGCUCCGUGUGGUGUGUUUGUAGAGCAGCAGGGAAGUCGCCGGCUCGUUUAAAUUUGGCGCUGUAGCUUCACAGACAUAAACAACAGGUGAGCUGUAGAGCUACACACGCCUGGACACAUGGAGGUGACGGACAUCGGAAACAAGGAGGAGGGGAAACUCUGGCAUCGGAAACCGACCCCGGGGAGAAGUGUGUGGGCGAGGGUGACCCGCACGGCUCAGCAGGCCAAGGCUGUGCGCUUCCUCCACGUGGCGUCUGACUCCGCCGGAGAUUCCUUCCUGGCUGGAGAUCACCAUGGCAACGUCUAUGUCCUGGACGUCAGUAGAAACAGAUUUCGCCUGGUGCAGAGAACAGGACAGGCGUGCACCGCUUUGGCAUUCAGCCUCCGCAGGACCACUGAGUUCCUUGUGGCUUUGCCCGACUACACCAUCAAAUGUUUUGACAAAGACACAAAACAGCUGGUCAGUUGGAUGCGAGGUCAUGAGGGAGCAGUGUCUUCCAUAUCCGUCCAUAGCUCAGGCCGCUUUGCCAUAACGACAUCCUUAGACACGGCUCAGCUCUGGGACCUGGACACUUUCCAGAGGAAGAAGAAGCUCAACAUCAGGCAGUCUGUUGGCAUUCAGAAGGUGUUUUUCCUUCCUCUCAGCAACACCAUCCUCAGCUGUUUCAGCGACGACUCCAUCUUUGCCUGGGAGAGCGACACACUUUUCUGCAAAUACCAGCUCCCUGUUCCGGACCGUGGACCCAGAAUCUCCUACAAGGCCUUUGCUGUCACUGGUGAUGGGAAGCGUCUGGCAGCAGGCGGCCGCUCCAACCUGCUGCACCUCUGGUGUCUGGACAGACAACAGCUGGUCAAGGUGAUCCAGAUGCCCAGUCAGGUGCGAACCGUCAGGCAGCUGGAAUUCCUGCCGGACAGCUUUGACGGAGGAGCAAACCAGAAUUUGGGUGUGUUGAGCCAGGAGGGCGUGAUGCGCUUCAUCAACAUCCACACAUGUAAACUCCUCUUUAACAUUGGUUCCCAUGACGACGGCAUCACUACGGUGGCGGUCGGCCCAAACGGGCGGCAUGUAGUGGCAAUCAUGGAUAAUGGGAGCAUUAGUAUCUACAAUGUCCAGAGUCUCACACAGGAAUUAAACAAGCCUCCUCCAGCCCAGGUGGCUGUAGUCUCUGGCGGUGAAGCUGACCAGGACGUUUCUCACUUAAAGAUGAAAGUUAGAUCAGAGACGGCUCGACGACCGGCCAAGAGUUCAGGCAGGCGAGUCCAGGUGAAGACGCUAAGACCUCCCGCAACGCCCUCGUCUGAGGAUAAAGAGAAUGAGCUACCAGCUGGUUUGAACAAGAAGAGGCUGGUGUCUCUGCUCAAGGCAUUUGGAGAAUAUCCAGCUAAAUACAGAAUGUUUGUGUGGCGGUCUUUGCUUUGUCUCCCAGAGAACCACGCAGCCUUCAGCAGUCUGACUGACAAGGGCCUGCACUCGUCCUUCCUCACUCUGCACGACAAGUACCCCAUCAAAAGUCAAAAAUUGCAGAGAGGGCUGCAGAGGGUUUUGUCUGCGUUUGCUCACUGGGCAGCCAUCUUCGGAGAGGUGGAAUAUCUCCCUCUGAUCGCGUUUCCCUUCGUUAAGCUCUUCCAGAACAACCCGAUGCUCUGCUUUGAGGUGGUGGCCACGGUCAUAGUGAACUGGUGCCAGCACUGGUUUGAGUAUUUCCCCAACCCUCCUCUGAACAUCCUGAGCAUGGUGGAGAAUGUUCUGGCUCACCACGACAACGAGCUGCUGCAGCACCUGGUGGACUGUGGCAUCACCUCUCAGCUCUACGUGUGGCCUCUGCUAGAGACCUUGUUCUCUGAGAUUCUGACCCGUGACGAAUGGCUUCGGCUGUUUGACAACAUCUUUUCCAAUCAUCCAUCCUUCCUGCUCCUGGCCUGCGUGGCCUACGUCAUCUGCUGCCGCGAGCCUCUGCUGCUCUGCUCCCAGAAGCAGGACUUUGAGUAUUUUUUCCAUCACCGUAACAACCUGGACAUCGGAGCCAUGAUAAAGGAGACCUACCGACUCUUUGACAGCACGCCAGCUGAUAUCCAUCCCAAAAAUAUGAUCUCAGACGUUACACCACUCACCAGCGGCCAGUACCCCGUGUUUAACCAGUACCCAGAAUUCAUAGUGGAAUACCACAGCAAGGAGAGGGAGAAAAUACGACAGCAGGAGGUGGAGUAUCUGCGUGAGAGGCAGGAGGUGUCCGCGCUGCGUGCAGACCUUGUGCGUCACCAAGCUCAAGAGGAAACUUAUUAUGCACAACAGGAGUUGCUGCAGAAAGCAGAGGAGCACCGCAGAAAUGUCCUGGCUCAGGAGGAAGAAAAGCUGACACAGCAGAGGGCAAAGUUGACGGCCAUGAAGAGAGAGCUGAAGGUGAAGGAAUUACAGCUGCUGGAUGCAACUAGAAGACGCUUCCUCCAACACCAGCAGGAGCAGCAAACCUCACAGAUAAAAAGACUCGACCAGGAGAUCAGCAGAAAGAUGGAUCUUCGUGAGCAAGAGAUGGCUGCAGCGGCGCAGGAUCUAGAGGUCAGACAUAUGGAGCUGGAGGCCCACAGGAAACGGCUUGAGCAGCAUGUAUUGACAAAGCAGCAGCAUGUAGGACGGGAGACUGAGGAGGAGGUACAGAUGAACAUGAGGGAGGCAGAAAGAUCAGAGCAGAGCUACAGAGAGCUGCUACACGGAGCAGAGACUAACAUGCAGGCCCUGGAAGCGUCCCUGGCAGAGGCGUACCAGCAGGGCGUGGGGUCGGACUGGCAGAGAGAGGUGGUGGAUCGCCUGCAGCAGGCCGACGCUGAGCAGGAGAGGACGAGGGAGAGACUCGACGAGCUUCGGAGGCAAACUCUGGCGGAGGAGGAAAGACUGGCCGACACCAUGAGAGAUGUGACUGGUAGAAAGUGGGAUGAAGCGAUGCGUGCCAGAAUCCAGUUACAGGAGCAGCGGCGGGCCUGGUCUCCCUCACAAGCAGCUGGCCAGAGACGCAGCGGCGAGCGGUGUCCAGGUCAGACUGCAGGACUUCCUCACAGACCCACCGCUUCUGCUGGAGCCAAAGGAGUGAAUGCACCGGUGAACGGCGGCCUUACCGCCACGCCAACACAGCCGGGCAGCAACAUGGUGUGUCUGAACAGCCGUUCUCCUUCAGAGAGCACGUCCACCAGCUUCUCCCUGGACCGAGGCCGGGCCCAGCUGGACAGCAGCGAGAGAGCGCUGCUGAAGGAAAUCAGAGAGCUGAGGCAGAAGCUCGCAGCCAGAGGCCGAGAGAGCUCGGCCUCCUCCCAGUCCGUCCACACACCGUCCCCCGUCUCCCAGUUACCAUGACCGGCCCCGAGCCCUCAAACUCUCAGAAUAACACAUUGCUGUUACCUCUUCAACACUUCCAAGCGUUUAUAUUCCAUCCUUCCUUCUGCCUUAAACCACUAAUGAUUGACAUACACGACUUCCCCGGGUGGAUUUUCUCGCGUUCCUGCACGCGGCCGGUGGUUUUAUGUAAUGACGCUCACCUCUUUGAGCACUUGAUGUGUAGAUGGUGAAGAUUCCUUUGUGACCAAAGCACACACUUACACACACACUCACACACACAAGAUACCGUAGCGUGUCCAGGUGCUUUUCAUUAUGGGACGUCUGUCUUUCUUCCACCAUGAUGAGUUGGAGCUAUGCGAGGAAGACGUGCUGACGAGGAAUCUGAAUCUGGUGUUUUGGGGAAAUCUUUUCUUAUUCUCACAAGACUAGCACGAUCAAAGGUGCAUUAUAAGUGACCGAUCGCAGCAGGUGAA